UAUAUUGACCUGAUGUUAAGUAAGCAUCACUCCUAUAAGUGAUAGAUUAUUAUUUCAAUCAACUUUCAAAACCCUUCUUUUGGAGACUUUUCUAUUAGUAGUAUAUGACUAUAUGUACUCUCUAUACUCUCUCAACAUCUGACUCAUCUAUACGCACAGUUAUAAGGGAGAAAAGCAUAUGGGACUUGGAGUAGUAUAGAAAAUCACAAUAGAGUCUGGUCUGUGGCUUUGCUUGGACAAAAUUUAGUACUUGACCUGUUGAACACCAAACAUGUACUGUGAUGAAGAAUAUUGUGAGCUUAGAAUACUGGUUGGAGUCUUUUUCCCCCUUCAUUAUGUUCCUUCAUCCUUCUUUUCUUUUUUCCUUCCUCACCUACUUAUUGCUCAUUGAUAUCCAAUUCUUCCUAGACAGCCUUCCUCAUCCUCCUCGUCUCCCUCCCUCUCUCUGCCUUUACUGAUGUCAUAUAUGAGUUUGAUGAGCAGUCAACCAUGGAAUUGUCUUCUGCUGCAUAUCCCCUUCAGGUUUCGCCUGGUCCUCUGAUUGUGGCUUCUGCAAGUGGUCUGGUGUGAACUGCAAUGGUAACUAUCUAGCCAGCGACACAACAUUAUCAACUCACCAUCUGCAAGUUGUCCAGUAUCAAGUGUGAACUGCAUAUCCGCUUCACCUUUUGGCUUGCUUGAGCAGUUCUGUUUUAUGCUUCUCUCUUAAAAGUAAGAGCCCUCGGCAAUAUCCUUAUUCCAUCUUUAGGCCUUCUUGGGAGUUCUAAUACGCGUGUAAAAGAGUUGUCUAUGCUUCUGGUCUCAGCGUAUAAAUUGUGCAACAUUGUAGAGUAUACUAAAUAAUUUAUUCCUUAUAAUGUGUAACACAUUAGUCAGGUUAAUAGUAUGGAAGAACUUGAAUUUGGCAUGAUGAAUUCAAAGUUGAUAGUAUGGGUAGGAGAUGUAAAUAGAUGUAUGGAGACAUAAUUUGCUAAAUAUCAUAUCUGCACAUUCUAGAUGGAGAGUUAAGAUCAAUAGGAGCUGCUACAUAUGCUUUCAGAUUGCUACUCAACUAGCUAGCUAGCUCCAUAUAAUGUAUGAAGCUUAUCACUAUCUAGCUGGAGUUUGAUGAUAUCAAACUUGAAAAAAAAUGAUUUCCAAAUUCAACUAGGAAAUUUCCGAUUUGAUGACAGCCUGCAGAUUAUUGCAGAUAUUUUUGGUUCUGGUUGCUUCAAAGCAAUGAAAUUUUGCUUGUUCACGUACUAGCUUUGCUGAAAGCUUAGAUGCAACUUGCUUGCCUUAUUCUUGAUUCCAAGUGAUUCACUUGUAGCAAAUUGUAUCUGGGGUUAUAAGUUGUGACAUGGCACUGUUAAGCAUCUUCAUGUUUGAUGAUAAUGGAUUAUAAUUAAGAAUGACGAUGAUCAAGCAGGAAUGAGAAACUUACAUUGAGGCCAAAGAAUGCCAUCCUUAUCUAGAUUCCACAGCUCAUAGGUAUGUGAUGUUGCAUUCUUUGUAAACUUGGCUCAUUGUGGUUUGGAGCUUUUGAUUGAAUUUUAUUAGGGAAUCUUUAAUUAUCUUUUAUAAAUAUUCGUGGUAAUAAACCAUUAUCUCUCAAUAAUAUAAUUUCUUGGAUUGGUUUCCAUCACUUUUGAGUACCAUCUAAAAAGGUGUCUGCCUUGAGUGCGUAGGCAUUACUAUGGACAUUCAUCUUUGCCUCACUUUACUGUCAAUUCGUGAGGGUUACGAAAUUAGCUUCUUCGCUUUGUAAAAUGUAGGGUAAGGCUGCACCUAUUUUACCCUUGCCACAGCUUGCUAUCGUUCGCCCAUCAUGAAGCUAUUGUUUAUGGACAUGAAAAGCCUUGAAGGUCAGUAAGGAAACACCAUAUUACUUGUUCCAUUUGCUUCUUUAGCUCUUUACCCUUUCUCUAAAAGAAUGAAAGAGGCAAGAUUUAGUGAUUUUCACCUUUAACAUCACUAUCUAAGAGUACUAGAAUAGUCAAAACCUUCCUCUUACCAUGUACAGGAGAAUGGUUGAUUUUUACUCCAGGAGAUGAUUAUCUUAACCACUGAAAGAAUGAACUGCACAUAUUUGACAUCAUUAAGUUUCACGACCCUGCAUUUCAGAGCAAAUAAAAUCAAAAUGUUUACUUUGACUUUGGAGUCUUUAGAAAGUCAAAUUACAGCCUGUUCUAUGGCUGUGACCUUGACCUUUUGUAUUUCUUUAACAACUGGAAAAUUAAGGUUAAUAUAAUGACAGGUAACAGAUAUAUUUGACGUAGAAAAUUCAUCAAGUUUUCUGAUAUUUUUUUAAAAUUAAAAUUAUGUACUUUGUGAAUUUUCGAAUUGUGAACAUAUUAUCAUUAGAUCUUGUUUUGAAAGGAUUUGUGGGAUUUUCGUUCUAUGAAGUUUAUGACUAAUAAUAUAGUGAGUAAAAGAAUUACCAGAAAUUAAUAGUGUUAGAUUAAUAAAACUCAAAGUUGGUGGGAAGACUCUUCUAAUCUCUUCCCUCCAGUAGUCUUCCCUCCCCAAAAAGAACUUGCUCUGUUUUCCUCUUCUUCACCAAAUCACCAGUCACUACCUUCUUUAUUCCAUCCUUCUCUCUCCUCCCCAUCAACUCACCAAUGGGAAUUCUCAUGUUCUUCCUCCUUACUCCCUUAUUUUGCCUCUCCACCACCACCGCCAACGACACAUCUGCCAUGGAAGACCUCUUCAAAUCCUUCACCUCACCUCCCUUUGGCUGGUCUUCUAACACAGAAUUUUGUACAUGGGAAGGCAUACUGUGUGAUUUGAACAACAGAGUUACCUCCAUAAACCUCACUUCUCAAUCUCUCUCCGCCACGCUCCCUCCUUCUCUCAAUUCCCUCUCUCAGCUCACCUCUCUGUCUCUUCAAAACAACAACUUCUCUGGCCCUUUACCUUCCUUAGCUAAUCUCUCCUUUCUUCAGCAAGUUUACUUAGAUUUUAAUAAUUUUACUUCCAUCCCUUCUGGUGCCUUUUCUGGGUUAACUUCACUUCAGACACUAAGUCUUUCCUUUAAUCUGGAUCUCUCUCCUUGGCCUUUCCCGUCAGAGCUUUCUGAUUCGUCUAGUCUGAUUAGUAUAUAUGCUAGUAAUGCCAACAUCGAAGGUCCAAUUCCUGAUCUUUUUGGCUCUUUUCCCGGGCUUCAAAUGCUGAGGCUGAGUUACAACAGUUUAAAUGGUUCUUUGCCCAGUUCUUUUAGUGGGUCUGCCAUUCAAAAUCUCUGGCUUAACAAUCAGAGGUUUGGUCUUUCGGGUUCGAUGGAUGUGGUUUCAGGAAUGACCCAGUUAACGCAGGUAUGGCUUCAUGCUAACAAACUUACUGGCACAAUCCCUGAUCUAUCUGCCUGUACGGAGAUUUUUGAUCUUCAACUUAGGGAUAAUCAAUUUAUUGGUUUUGUUCCAACGUCCCUUGUUUCACUACCUAAGCUAUUGAAUGUUACUCUUCAAAAUAAUUAUCUUCAAGGGCCUUUGCCUGAUUUUCCGAAGAAUGUUGUGAAUGUGAGUUUAGGCAAUGAGAAUACCAAUAGUUUCUGUAGGAAUACUACAGGGGAGUGUGAUCCUCAGGUUUCUGCUUUGCUCCAAGUUGCUGGGGCUUUAGGGUACCCUGUCAAGUUAGCCGAGAUUUGGACUGGUAAUGAUGCUUGUAACCAGUGGAUUUUUUUGACCUGUGAUUCUACUCGAAAGGUUAUUAGUGUUAAUUUUGCGAAACAAGGAUUUUCAGGUACUAUAUCCCCUGCUUUUGCAAACUUGACAUCAUUGACUGACUUGUAUCUGAAUGAUAAUAAUCUGACUGGUACUAUCCCUGAGAGCUUAACUUCCUUAACCCGGCUUAAGAAGAUUGAUGUGACAAAUAAUGAACUUAAUGGGAAGGUUCCGAGUUUUAGGCCUGGCGUAAGUUUGAUCACUUCUGGGAAUAAGAAUAUCGGAAAGGGUGUUACUCCGCCUGGUGGUUCACCGCGUUCCAGGGCCAGCUCCUCUUCUGAGUCAAAGGGUUCGGUUUCUGCUGGUGGGGUUUCUGGUAUUAUAAUUGCGAUUCUUGGUUUAGUUGUGGUGGUUGUGGUGUUUGUUUCAUAUAAAUGCUUUUUGAUUAAGAGAAAACAACGGAUAGAAUCACAAGACGAUACAGAACAAGAGGAGAGUUUUUCACAUCUUGCACCUGACUCCCCAGUGAGAUUCAGUUAUGAAAGCUUGAUGACUGCAACCAACAAUUUUGAUACACAAAACAAGCUUGGGGUAGGCGGAUUUGGCUCUGUUUUUGAAGGAAGCUUGAGGAAUGGGACCAAAAUUGCAGUAAAGCGUUUGGAUAACCUUGGACAAGGACGAAAGGAAUUUUUAGCUGAGGUUCAGACCAUAGGGUGCAUACACCACAUAAAUUUAGUAAAAUUGGUUGGAUUUUGUGCUGAAAACAAACAUAGGCUUUUGGUUUAUGAGUACUUGAGUAAUGGGUCAUUAGACAAGUGGAUUUUCAGCUCGAAUCCAAGAGGCCGCCUUACUUGGGAUGCUAAGAGAAAGAUCAUCCUGCAAAUUGCCAAGGGACUGGCCUAUUUGCAUGAGGAAUGUCAGAAGAAAAUAGCCCAUUUAGAUGUAAAACCCCAAAAUAUACUUCUAGAUGAAGCACUUAAUGCCAAGUUAUCUGAUUUUGGACUUGCAAAGCUAAUUGACAAGGAUCUAAGCUAUGUAAUGACCCAGAUGAGGGGGACUCGAGGUUACCUUGCCCCUGAAUGGUUUGGUCGGAAGAUAACGGAGAGAGCUGAUGUCUAUAGUUAUGGGGUUGUAGUUUUAGAAGUAGUGUUUGGGAGGAAGAACUUGGAUUUCUCCCAGCCUGAAGAGAGCACUCCAUUCAUCGACAUGGUUAAACAAAAGGCUGAAGAGAGCCAGUUAUUCAGUCUACUACAUGAAUGCAGCGAGGAUAUGCAGCAAAAUGCUGAAGACAUUGAUGAUAUUGUAAAAGUUGCCUUGUGUUGUUUGCAUGCUGAAUCAAGACUGCGACCUUCCAUGUCAAUGGUUGUGAAAUUUUUGGAAGGUGGAAUGACUCUAGAGGCUAUUGGUGACUUUUCCUUGGCAAUCCUGACACUGAAUGGAAACCCAACAACAGAGGCAGUAAGCCAUCUUUCUGCCUCAGUUUUAUCAGGACCCAGAUGAGGAAGUUUCUUGUGAACCCCAAAAUGAGAAUUAUAUUUAAUAACGAUGUGCCAGAACGAGGUCCAUCUAGUUGUCCAAGUUCUAUUUCAAAAACUGUAAAUUGAUGUUACUGGAAAAAAAAAGUUGUUAAUGAGCUUGACAUAAGUUUAUAGGCAGCCAAGUUUGUCA